CCCUUAUGCCUUAUCUAAACAAAGAAACACUUCAAUUUUCGGAGACAUUUCCUCUUUUCUCAAGCUUUUUCCCAAAUAGCCAUGGCUAUGGCGAUGGCGGGAACUGCAACCUUCAGUAUCUCAUCAGCUACUUCAAUCUUCCGGACUUCAUCUUCACUUAAAUUCUCUUCAAAACCAGUGCUUAUUCCAAUGCGUUUUUCUCCAAAAACCCAAUCUCCUCCCAGAACUCUCCGGAUUUACGCUUUGACUAGUAACGAUAUCAAAGUGGGUACUAACCUUGAAGUUGACGGUGCUCCUUGGCGAAUUUUGGAGUUUCUUCAUGUGAAACCUGGAAAAGGGGCUGCAUUUGUGAGGACCAAAAUGCGCAAUUAUAUCACUGGAAACACUGUGGAGAAAACGUUUCGAGCUGGAAGUACGAUUGAGGAGGCAAACGUUUUCAAGGAAUCGAAGCAGUUCACAUACAAAGAUGGUUCCCAGUUUGUCUUCAUGGACCUGAACACAUUCGAAGAAUCCCGUCUAAAUGAGGCAGAUGUAGGUGACAAGACGAAGUGGUUGAAAGAGGGAAUGGACUGCAAUUUGCUCUUCUGGAACGGAAAGAUUAUUGAUUUUGAGCUCCCCAUCACGGUUCAGCUUACUGUGGUCGACGUCGAUCCAGGUCUCAAAGGUGACACUGCUUCAGGUGGAUCGAAGCCUGCAACUGUUGAUACAGGCGCAGUGGUUAAUGUUCCGCUAUUCGUAAACAUUGGUGAUGAAAUAUUGGUGGAUACAAGAACUGGGCAAUAUAUGAGCCGUGCAUAAGUUUUUGGCUUCGAGAAUUGCUAUAAUUGCCUUUUUUUUUCUUUAGUGUAUUUCUUUAUGUAAAUUAAGAUUAGACAACGCCAGAUUGUUGUACCCUAAAAAUUUUAUUUGAGGAAUUUGCACCAAGCCCUACCCUAGUGGAUUGGUGAGAGGUUGCGGCCAUUUCAAA